CUGACAACUUCUGUGGACAUAUCUGCACUGAACGUUUCUUUUUCUUUCACAAAGGACAAACAAAGAAGAAAACAGAAUGGAGAUGGAGCCGACUGAAGGGCCUUAUGAUUACUACGACUACGUGGAGACUGAAAACUCCACCAUGUGUGACUAUUCAGAGUGGACACCGUCAUACUCCGUCAUCCCGGUGCUGUACAUGCUUAUUUUCAUCCUGGGCCUCUCUGGAAACGGGGUGGUCAUCUUCACUGUGUGGAGAGCCCAAGGAAAGAGGCGAGCUGCAGAUGUCUACAUCGGCAACCUGGCCCUGGCUGACCUCACCUUUGUGGUCACGCUGCCUCUGUGGGCAGUUUACACUGCCAUGGGCUACCACUGGCCCUUUGGUGUGGCCCUGUGCAAGAUCAGCAGCUAUGUGGUGCUGCUCAAUAUGUACGCCAGCGUCUUCUGCCUCACCUGCAUGAGCUUCGAUCGCUACCUGGCCAUUGUUCACUCGCUGUCCAGCACCCAGCUGCGUACCCGUGGCCACACAAGAGCUUGCCUCACAGCCAUCUGGCUCCUGUCCAGUCUCCUGGCCGCCCCGACUCUGAUCUUCAGAACGACAAAAUAUGAUCCAACUAGCAAUCGCACAUCCUGCGCCAUGGACUUCAGCCUGGUGCUGACAAACAAAGAACAAGAGAGCCUGUGGAUCGCUGGACUCAGUAUUUCCUCCUCAGCUCUGGGUUUUCUUCUGCCUUUCUUGGCCAUGAUGGUGUGUUAUGGUUUCAUUGGCUGCACCGUCACACGCCACUUUAACACUCUGCGCAAGGAAGACCAGCGGAAGAGGAGGCUGCUGAAGAUCAUCACCACGCUGGUGGUGGUAUUUGCCGCCUGCUGGAUGCCUUUCCAUAUCGUAAAGAGUGCUGAUGCCCUCUCCUACCUGGAGCUGUUCCCUGCAACGUGUGCCUUCCUGCGUUUUCUACUGCUGGCUCAUCCGUACGCCACCUGCCUGGCCUAUGUCAACAGCUGCCUCAACCCCUUUCUUUACGCCUUCUUCGACUUGCGCUUCAGAUCCCAGUGUCUGUGCCUACUCCACCUCAAGAAGUCCUUGCAUGCAAGCCCCGCCAGCUCCCUGUCCUCUCAGAAGACAGAGGCUCAGUCUCUGGCCACAAAGGUGUGACGACAACUGCGGGUCAAGAUUAACUCUGGGGGAAAAAGUUGAACAAUUCAGAAGAAUGCAGGUAAAUCAAAACUUGGCAGUGCUUAGUAUGCCCAAAGAUCGCCUAUGGUCAGUUCCAGGGUGGCAUCUUUGCUCCUCUCAGACUCUGUAGACCAUUGUGGGAAACAGUUGGGGUUGAAGUUUUGAGGGCUGGCCACACACAACCUCCUGCCUGACUUUCAGUAACAUGGCAGCAAAACUAGACUUCCUAACACAAGGCACAAGGCAGUGCCACGAUUGUCUUUUUUGGAAUAAGUGGAAUGUAUUAUUGAAGGACUACAUGCUCUUGUGUCUCUUGGCUCUCCUGUGGACUGAAUCAAAAAGACUGAGCUCUGAACUUUGUCUCGUCAGUCUUGUUUGAAUGUCUUACUCAUGCAUUUGAUCCUGCUGUUCUUGUUUUCAUUUGUAAGCACUUGAAGUGUGAUCUCUACCACGCCACCCCACCCUCCAGCUCAGUCGGUAGAAUCACAGGCAGCAGUUUUAUGUGUGUAUAUGUAUAGGAAGGGUAUGCCAGUCAGUAAGAGGUGUUGGAGUCUGAUAAGGGUGUUGUAAGAAGAGACGGAGAU